UCAGCGCUUCCCAGCCAUUCUUUCUUUCCCGAGCAUCCAUCUCAUCCUCAAAUCGCAUCUCCGGCAGCAGCACCGUCGAGGGCCACCACCUCCGCGCGCCCCGCGCACUCGGAGCUUCUCAGCCGCUUCCCAUCCAUUUUAUGCCGCCGUCGGCUUUCUCCGGCGAACUCAUCCCCUUCUCUCCUUACAAGUCAUGCCCAACCCACUAUUCCACUCCUCCGUGUCAGCAGUGGAGGGGGUUGGUUGCCCAAAGCGACUGGAGACAGGGGGCUGUGCGUGCACGCGAUGGGCGGCGAGCUCUCCAGCUUUUUUGUUUUGCUGAGAUUUUUGCUGGAUGCCGGCGGUGCUAGGUGAUGACGGCGGCGAGCCGGAGCCGAGGACGCAAGGAUGUUGCAACCAUGGCGACCACACGCUGGAACCGGUUGUCGUCAAAGCUGCAUCCAUUGUGACCACACCCUGUGACCCAUCGGCGGUCGUGCUGCAAUCCCUGUGGCCACGAGUGGGGGACAUCGCCGGUGCUCGUCGGCCACGGCCCUGGCCCCAGCCCCGACGGCAGGGCAAAUACUAGUUUUGAGAUUUGGAAGCGGCAAGCCGGGGACGGCACUGGUCUCUCUCCCCCUUCUUUUUUCCUCUCUGCUUUUGUUUUUUCUAUGAGGUGGUCGAAAAAACCGCAUCGGACAGUUUAAAAUAGUCUAAUCGUGUGGUGGUGCGUCGACCGGCCCAAAUUUGGGCCGACGCGCCGGCGCCUAUCAUCGCCCAUAAUGGCGUGUUCUCAUACUUUAAGAGCAACUCCAAUGCGGUGAUUGAUUUCAUCCGUCCAUGUCUGUUUGGGUUGCCGCGGACAAAAACACCGGCCCAACGCGCCGAUCCAUUCCCAAAAAUCAUCCGCACUGACCUAUUUCUGGCCCAAAAUUGCACCUGAAAUGCCUCGGCGCGGACGUGAAGCGGACGUGCCGCGUGUCCUGUCGGUGUUCACCGUGGCCCCGCAUGUCGGCCGACCAACUACCACCCGCGGUCAUAUUUAUGACGACCACUGAUACAGGCUCACUAGUCAACCAAUGAAAGCGUCGUUUUUUAACCCACGCGUGCAGCGGGGGAGGGAAGGGGCAUCAUCCGAUCCACUUCCAUCCACAUCUGGCCCCCCACCACCCCCUUCGUGCUUCCUCGCUGGCGACAACCCAAACCCUAGCCAUGGGGCUCUUCGGCAACAGCUUCGGCAGCGGCAAGGGUAAGGGCACCCCUGGCGCCCCAUCCUCCCGUGCUCCUACUCCCCCACCUCCUCCACUGUCGGCGCGUGCCCGCUCAGGUUGGUAGUGUCUGCACAUCCCGGUGCACCAAACGCGGUGGAUUUGGGAGUUCGGACAACCGAUGUUGUACCCGGACGUCACGCUACCACACCACUGGCACCUCGAUUCGCAGCAGAUCCCGGUGCCGGCGGUGCCGCGCUCACAAUGCCCGCAUGAUGAGGAGGUGCGCAGGAAACGGAAGCAGCUCACGCCGGCGCAGUGGCGCAAGCCCGAGUACACCGUAGACUCUCCGAAUUGGGAGGCCUGGUUUGCCCUCGAACACGAGGAGCAAUGGCGGCUCGGCGCCCACAUCAACCACGACCUUCCAUCGCCUCCCCUAAGGGUACAGCCGGAGGAAGAGGAGGCGGAGGCAGAGUACCAAGAUGCCCUCGAGGAGGCCCUGCAGCACCCGCUGGAGGCGAGCCGGCUCGAGGAGGACGCCCAUUGGUAUGGGCUAGAGCAAGCCCUUGCUUUCUCCGUGGUGGGGGACUCCGUCCAGGCGCCCCUGUUCGUGCCGCCACCGCCGCUGGCGCCGCCCCUCGUCGAGCCCAAGGACGAGCCGGAGCCGGAGCGUGAUCCAACUCCCACGCGCAAGUGGUCACUACCGACCCCCACUUCGCCGGAGGAGUCCUACUCAUGGACUGGCUAGCUUCACGAGUGGGUGAGUGCGCCUCCUUGCUACUUCGACUCCACGCCGGAAAAAUAGGCGGCCCACCUUGAGCAAUGGAAGGCGCAUUGGCUCGCCGAGGAGGGGGUCGAAGGCAAGCAAUAGAUGCGGUAUGAGCAGAUGUUGCGCUGCGACGAGGAGGCUCUGCGGCUUGAGGAGGAGAAGGAGGAGCAUGCCUGCCUCGCCGCUAUGCCGCCGCCACAGUAGACGACAGAGGAGGCUGCCCUGGCCGCCUAUCAAGCCGCAUUCGGGUGGGUUGGGCCUCCUCCCAUCUUCAUUGACCUCACCGGCGGCGACGACGACGAUGGGAAGGGAAAGGGCAAGGCGGUCUACUAGAGCAGCGUGCAGGCGUUUAUUUUGAGUUUUUAAUUUUCCAGUCAUGUUUAAGUGGACUUUGGUCAUUGUUUGACCGGUCAUUUAUGUAUAAUUAUGCCUAAUUUGUCAGUUUCUGCCACGUCGGCAUAAAUGGGUCGACACCUUCCGUUGGGCACACCUGGCGACCCAAAUGAAAAACCGGACGCGCACGUCCGCCUGGCCUAUUUAAAUGGACGAAAAGCGGAUAAAGUGCGUGUCCGUUUGGGUCGCCGCAUUGGAGUUGCUCUUGCUGGAGUUUUUGUCUAUUUUGGGCCUAGCCCAAUAGCAGUUUCAGAAAUUCCUAAUAAAUCCUAGACGCCCACGCAGCCCAUUCGUGCAAGGCAAGAGGUGGGACUAAAGUUUAGUCCCACCUU